AUGGCGAACAACGAAGGAAGGCGCAGUAUCACCCAAAGGCUGACGCCAUGGUGGGCAUUGCGCUCGAACGAAGCCGCGCCCCAGGACACGGAAGGUGAGAGUAGCGGAACCCAAACAAACGCUCCUGCCCAGGUACGGCAAACCUCAUACGCACCUUCCGCCGUUACGGCACGCCGCACGUGCAUGCCGACAGCAACAUCUGCUUUUGGCAGGCAUGAGGCCAUCAUUACCCCUUCGCUCCUGCCAUAUGCUGACGUGCAACAGCCCGCGACCCUCUUUGCUAGCCCUACGCCCUCCCCACGUCCCGAAGCCGCGAACAACCCGCCCAACAUAUAUCAGCCUCUCAUUCAUCAAUACUUCGCAAACCCAGGAGCGACAUCUUACCGAGGCUCCUCGUCACGCGGCCGCCCAUACAGAUACCGCCUCGACCCACGUGGACGGCGAAGGCAUCCUCCUUUCGCUCACUCGCUCUACAACCCGACCCCUCAAGCACCAGAAGGUGAAGGCGAAGGCGAAGGCGAAGGCUCAAUGUCAGAAGAUCCUUACGACCACGAGCUUGCGAUGGCCUUGCACUUGGACCUGUUGGAAGACGCCGAGAGGUUUGGAGAACAGGAUGCGGGCAUAUACGAUCACAGUGAAAGUGAUUCCGGUGAUCACUCCCGGCGCGUUCACUUCACCGACGGCGACUGGGACGACGAAGCAGACCGAAUUCCAAUUGGUACACCAGCUCCCUUUGGAGGCCCCUCGUCACCCGCGAACAAUCUCCACCGUCCCUUCAACUACUCACAUCACCACACCAUGCCCGGCCCUUCGAAGCGCUCGCGCGAUAGCUAUGAGGGCCCAGAAGGAAAGGCCAUCGCACACGUCCUUAACUUCAGGGGUGCCAUCAGUGCCAUGCUAUACAACAGCAUCAGCCCCAACCCUCAAGCGAACGAUAUUUGGCCCGAAUGCCGCAGUUCCACAAAACUACCCGCCAAAUACUACCUGCUCGACAAGAGCAAACUGCUCGCAUCUGAUCAGGAUCCAAAGCAUCCCCCCUCUAAGAAAAGUGGAAAGAAGGCAGUAAAGACUGCAAGGAAUGAGGCGUCGCAUGACACUCUUCCUAGUCCUUCGGUUGGGCGCCCGAAAUGGAAGCUGCCGGUUGAGCUUGUAGAGAUGAUCGCGGAACACCUCAACCGCGACGACAUAAAAUCACUGCGUCUUGUAAGCCGCGAGAUGAACAAAUCGGUCUCGCAGGUCAUCUUCCGGACAGUGGUUGUUCCCUUCAAUACCGAGAUCUACGGCAUGCUAGCACAAGAGCACAAGCCUGACUUCAAGGGCAAAAAGCGCGCACGAAUCGAGCAACCCAGCUACUUAUGGAAGAACGCAAACGGCGAUGAAGUGUACAACGGCCAUGGCCUCGACGUCUUCCGCGGCUUCGGUACACACAUUAGAAAGUUUGGCAUGAGCUUUGAAGUCAACGAAGAAUCGCUUUCCAUGCCGCCCGUCAAGUCACUGACGGAGAAAAAGACAAGCUUUUGGGGUAACUACGACUGGCCACAUGAAGAGUAUCGUCGCUUCGAUACUGUCGCUGGACUCGAGAAUGCCGCUGAUGAAACACCGCGGAUGAAAACAGCAUUUUCAGAGCUUAAAAGUGUCAGGGAACUGGCGCUUUCCAUUGAUAGCGGUCUAGGAUGGCUGAACGGACCGGACAGAUCUAUUCGAGCACGUGUCUUGCAAAAGCCAUCUCGCGUCUUUGGGACUGCCAAAGCCAUCCCAGAUCGUAGAGCCCAGGCCCAACAGGAACUCUGGAAUCACAUUGAAGCAUGCCACCAGAACGCUGGUAGCGAUGUUAGACUGGCCACACUAUACAGGAUGGAUGGUCAACUUCCUCUUUCCGAGCUGAAGGAUGCCAACAAUCUUGCAGAUGAGCAACCACAGAUGCCCUACUUGGAUCCUCAGCUUCUCCAUGCUGCUACUCCUUAUGAACCCGGCGAUCUCCCUGUUCCUAAUAGCUUCGAAGACCCGUAUGUUCUGGAGCGCUUCGUUUCAACCCCACCACCUUCAGGUACAGGUAUUCUGUUCUCAUCGAUUAAGAUGCCAUCGGAAGGAGCGCACCUUGUGAACCCUGUCAUACCCGCCAAGCUCACCAAAGCGCAGAAAGAAUGGCUAUUGGAGACUGAGUGGGCCCAACGAGCGUUCAUGUCUUCGUACAUGCUCUCUAUUAUCGACAACCCGACCACGUUCGAACACGUACACACGCUGAACAUUUCCGGGCUCUCCGAUCGUUACCUCCCAAUGCUAAAUCGAUCGGAUUUCUGGGACGCACUACCAGAACUCCACAACGUUACUAUCAUGGUGAUCCCAUGCUGGCGGACUGUGCAAAAGGACGAGGCCGGCUUCGUUGACGCGCCAAAGAUUUGCCCCACGCAAAGCCACGGUAUACUAUUCGACCUACUCCGCCAUCAUGUUGCUGGUCGAGCGAACAUCCGUCAUCUGAAAGUUGGUUUUGUCACUGGAGGCGAACAUGCUGAGGGACUAUACGCGAGGAACAAACUGCUAUUUCCUGCUCCCGUAAUGGAUAUGCGAGGCCGUUCAGAGAAUCCUCCUUCUAUCCACCCUACGGUGCUGGUCGCGACUGACGCAGCUCUUGUGAAGGCAGGUUUGCUCCAAUUCCCUCAUGUAGAACAACUCGUGCUUAACAACUGCUGGAUUACGCCACCAGCUUUGCGCGAAUUCGUCAAGAUGCACGAUCGGUACAAGCUGCAGACUUUGGUAUUGGAUUCGGUGUCACUGACGGGCGUGCUGCGUCCUAACGCCAACCCACACCCGCAACCAGCGGCAUUUCACAAUAUAAUGCCGCCUCAUCUUCCGGACAACAGCCACAUAAUCAAGCUCAACCUCAAGGUCAAGGACAAGCACCAGCUCAAGUUCAACCCCAAGCCACAGGCGCAGCCAAACCAGCAGGUUCAGGCAAUUGCUCAACAGCAUAUCAAUUUCGCCACUGUGGCCCAGCUCGCUCAACAGGUCCAUCAAUUGCAAACGCAGUUGAUUCUGGGACAGCAGCCUCAACCUCUUCCUGCAUUAGCAAACAAUCCAGCUCCAGGUGACGCCCAGUCUGUACUCAAGGCACAGCCCCGUGAAGGCUCUUGGAUGGACAUCAUUGAUCAGAUCUCACCCGGCACCAAUCUCUCCGAUUUUGGAUCUGAGCAUUCCAAGGCCGACGGCGAGCGCACUACCUCACUGCGAACAAUCGAGUUUGUUUCAUGCGGUUAUGCUAAGCUGUCCAGCUCAUCCUUUGAUCAAGCUGAUGUCGAUCCUCUUGGCAUGGCUGCUCACUGGCGCAACCAGAUGCUUAGCAAGCGUAUUGUCGCUCUUGCGCCUGCUAUGCUGAGCGCCAAGUGGAGCCACCUGGGUGACAUUGUGCAAGAUAUCGAUCCUUCUGAGCUGGCUGCACUGGAUGCGGCCUGGGACUUGCGAACCGGCUGGGAAGACGCUGAAGCAGCUCGCGCCGCAGAGUUUGAUGGCAUGCUUGCUGGUGGUACAGGGCGUUUUACAGGCACCAUACGGCAUUCGGAUAGGGUGGCUGACGAGGCUUCUGCGAGUUAG